UGCACGCCUGCGUUGCUAGGGAGCUGGUACAUCCAUGCAGCAGCCCCAAGUUCUGGGAGGAGGAAGGGACACAGCAUUUUAUUCUCUUUUUAUCCUGGAGGCUCAGGGGCGGGGAGCCGGACCAGAGGGUAAACACCCAGCAGCUUGGGUGGUUCCACAUAAUCGCUUAAUUCCCGGCCGCAUUUGGGUCUCAGCUUCACGGGGGCGAACAGAGCGCGGCUGGCCAGCCUUGGGCCCUUGCGCAGGGGCCCCCGGGGCGCCCGCAGGGGAGACGCGCUGUGGCUCCCAUCCAGGGAACACCACCGGCCCCCAGCCCUGCCCGGCUCUCCCGUCCCAGCUUUUGACCGCAGCAGCUCCGUGAAAAGGAAACUGACAACUGACUGACGGGGAGGGAGAGCCAUCUUGGGGGUGUGUGUGCGCGUGUGCAUGCGUGUGUGCGCGUGAGUGCGCACCGAAACACGGACAUUUCGUAGGCUCUGGGCAUAUAUGCUUCAUGGCGGCCGAUCUCGGCUUCCUCCCGACCUGCCUGCCUGCGGAAAACUCAUGAAUCAUUUCUGGCCGGAUCCAAGCGGCACUGAGACACCGGUGCCCUCUCCGUCCCUCCCUCCCUCCCUCCCUUCGUCCCUCCCCCCUCCGCUCCUCCCUCCCUCUGGCCCCCUGUUUGUAAUCUGAUACAGUAGACUGCAGUUGUCUGAGCCUGAACCUCCCCAGUCUUGGCACAGCUCGCUUCUAAGUUUAGAAACGGCCCGUCGUUCCUGAAGCCCGUGGGUCCGGAAGACACAGUUGAUAAGACCCAGCCUUUGGAGGGUCCGCUUGGGAAUUUCCCACUUUGUGUCCUGAGACUAGGAGCCCAGUGGUGGGGACUUUGUGGAAAAGGAACUGAAGGAUGCCAUCCAGGGGAAGCACCACCUGAGACCCCACUAUGCAGGCCUUCCCGCACGGGGCUGGCAGCCUCACAAGGUCAUUUUCUGGCAGCAGCUAGACUGGUCUAGUGACAGGACCAGGUGACGUGGCUCCUCUGAGCAAACUUCCGAUGCCUCCCAUAAGCGGCAGUGGCAGUCCUUCCCGUGGUGCCAUCUUGGUCAACCUUACCAGCCACCCCACCUUUGGCUCAUGAAGUUCUGGCCACUCCGAACCUUCUGUUCGUCAGACCACCAAGCUUGUCUCAGCGCUGGAUAAUUUUCCCUGCUAAGAAUUCUACUUCCUCGUCUCCACAUACCUGGCAGUUUCUGGGCAUCCAUUCCUAAGAGGUGAAAACAGAGCAUGCCUGGCUCCAGCACGUGCUUGCCAUAGUGACCAGAGAACGCGAUUUGGCCGUGAAGGAGAAACGCCAGCUCCAAGCCAAGCUGGAGAACCUAGAACAGGUCCUAAAGCACAUGCGCGAGGCCGCGGAACGCCGGCAGCAGCUGGAGCUGGAGCAUGAGCAGGCCCUGGCCGUUCUCCACGCCAAACAGCAGGAGAUCGACCUGCUGCAGAAGGCUCAGGUUGAAGCUAAGAAGAAGCAUGAAGGCGCCGUGCAGCUGCUAGAGAACGCCUUGGACAGCAUGCAGAGCAAGGUUCGGGAGCUGGAGGAGAAAUGCCGGACGCAGAGUGAGCAGUUCAGCCUGCUGUCGCAGGACCUGGAGAGGCUCCGGCAGCACGCCGGGAAGAUCGACCUGCUGGGAGUCAGCCCUGGCGUCUCCGUAGACGUCCCCGCGCCCGGCAAGCCUUUCCCUCAAUUUAUGAACGGACUCAGCCCCUCCAUUGGCAAAGGUCAGGAGAGCACCGUCGGAAGCCGCGCUGUGACUGGGGACUAUAUCCGGCCCCUCCCGCUCCCUGGUGACAAGCCGGAGCCUCUGCCCAUCAAGCCCACCUUUCUGUCGAGAUCCGCUAGCCCAAGAUGCAGAUUUGAAUCAGACAUGGAUAAUGAACGCAGUUCCGGUACCUCCAAGCAGCAGAGGCACUCGGGGAAAGUCCACCUGUGUGUCGCCCGCUACAGUUACAACCCCUUCGACGGGCCGAAUGAGAACCCGGAAGCUGAGCUGCCCCUCACGGCGGGAAAGUACCUCUACGUGUACGGGGACAUGGACGAGGACGGCUUCUAUGAAGGCGAGCUCCUGGACGGGCAGAGGGGCUUGGUGCCCUCCAACUUUGUGGAUUUUGUCCAGGACAACGAGUCGCGGCCGGCAAGCACGCUGGGGAACGAGCAGGACCAGAAUCUCAUCAACCGUUCGGGCAUCGGCUCGGAGGGGGAGAACAUUCUGGACCUGCACGCCCCCACCCCCGUCGACGCCGGCGUCGCAGACGGCGGUGCGGAGACGCCGGGCGUGAGCGUCGACGACGUCGGAGAAGACAUCGUGCCUUACCCUCGGAAAAUCACCCUCAUCAAACAACUCGCCAGAAGUGUCAUUGUGGCCUGGGAGCCGCCGGCAGUGCCACCGGGCUGGGGGACCGUGAGCAGCUACAGCGUGCUCGUGGACCAGGAGCCGCGCGUGAGCCUCGCGCCGGGGAGCAGGACCAAGGCCCUCAUCGAGAAGCUCGACACGGCGGCCUGCACCUACCGCAUCUCCGUGCAGUGUGCCACCAGCAGGGGCCACUCGGACGAGCUGCGCUGCACGCUGCUGGUGGGCAAGGACGUGGCGGUGGCCCCCUCCCGGCUGAGGGUGGACAACAUCACCCAGAUCUCGGCCCAGCUCUCCUGGCUGCCCGCCAACAGCAACUACAGCCACGUCAUCUUCCUCAACGAGGAGGAGCUCGACGUGGUCCGGGCCGCGAGCUACACGUACCGGUUCUUCAACCUCAGGCCCAACGUGGCCUACAAGGUGAAGGUCCUGGCCAGGCCCCACCAGAUGCCGUGGCAGCUGCCCCUGGAGCAGCGGGAGAAGAAGGAGGCCUUCGUGGAGUUCUCCACGUUGCCGGCAGGCCCUCCGGCGCCCCCCCAAGAUGUCUCCGUCCACGCUGGGCCCACCCCAGCAACCGUCCAGGUCUCCUGGAAGCCACCCGCCCUAACGACUGCCGGGCUGUCCAACGGGGCGAACGUGACCGGCUACGGCGUGUACGCCAAAGGGCAGAGGGUGGCUGAGGUCAUCUCCCCCGUGGCGGACAGCGCGGCCGUGGAGCUGGUGCGGCUGCGGAGCCUGGAAGCCAAGGCCGUGACCGUGCGGACCCUCUCUGCACAGGGCGAGUCCGUGGACUCUGCCUUCGCUGCCAUUCCCCCCGACCUCCUGGUGCCUCCAACCCCCCACCCGAGAACUGCUCCCACACCGAAGCCAUUAGCAAGUGCCGGAGCCCCUGAUACCAAAGAGGAGCACCCGGGUCCCCACGUCAUGGUGGACGAGGCCUGGGAGCAGAGCCGGGCACCGGCCCCCGCCCACGGGCAUAUGCUGGAGCCGCCCAGCAUGCAGGGCUCGGGCCCGGGGCGGCGGUCGCCCUCGCCCAGCCGGAUCCUGCCGCAGCCGCAGGGCACGCCGGUCUCCACCUCCGUCGCCAAGGCCAUGGCCCGGGAAGCCGCGCAGAGAGUGGCCGAGAACAGCCGGUUAGAGAAAAGGAGCAUCUUCCUGGAGAGGGGUGGCAGUCUGUAUGUAAACUCAGACGAGGAGGACGGCUACGGCUCCCCGGACGUCAAGAGGAGGGGCGCCUCGGUGGACGACUUCCUGAGAGGCUCAGAGCUUGGCAAGCAGCCGCACUGCUGCCACGGAGACGAGUACCACACGGAGAGUAGCCGGGGCUCCGACCUGUCCGACAUCAUGGAGGAGGACGAGGAGGAGCUCUGCUCCGAGACGCAGCUGGAGGACGGGGGCAGGAGGCGGCCUGGCGGCACAUCCCACAACGCCCUCAAGGAGCGCUUUCAGAGUAGCCGCGCUGAAGGGGUCUUCCCGGAGCGCCCCGACCACCCCCAGCAGACCUGCCACAGUAAGGGGCUGUUCAGUAUCCCCGAAGUAGCCGAGGACGGGGAGCAGCUCCGGUUCUUGCGCAAGCAGGGCUUAGGGUACUCCGCCAGGGCCAGGGCCCGCGCCCGCAGCGGGGACGAGGCCCCCCCGGCGUCCUGGCUCCCGGCCAAACCCAGGGGCCCCGGGGUCGGCCCCCACGCCGAGGACUUCGUGCCGGAAGACAGAGGCUGCCGGUUCGGCCGCUCGGCCAGCAGGAGCCCGGACAGUGGCCUGGACUGUGGGAGCGACGAGGAGGAGCUGCCCUUCAGCUUCCGGAACACGGCCAAGUGCAGCCCAGGCCCCGGGCACUGUCGCUGUAGGAGGAGCCUGAGGCCUCUGCUGGCCCGGCGACGGACGCUGACCCGGCAGAGCAGCAUCGAGGAGGACUUUGGGGAGCAAGCAGUCCCCGGUGACGCCCUCAGGAGCGAUGGCGCCCCCCCGAGCCCAGAGAGAGCCACCCCCAGGAGGUCUGGCUGGGAGGAGCCCCUGGCUCACCAAGGCUCGCGGGAUGUCUGCAAGAAAAGCGUAAAAGUGCCCGACAGUAGGGCCACUGGCCGCCAGGCACAGCCGCGUCCCGGGCCCGCAGAAGGCCCCUUGAUUUUAGGAAACCCGGUGUCUGCAGGACGGGCCGACAGGGCGGAUCACGCGGGCCGGAGGUUCCCCCACGGCAGUGCUGGCCCUCAGAGGUCGCGGCCAGUGAUGGUCCCAUCCAUCGAUGAAUACAGUGAGCGAGACCACCUUUCUCCAGACUUCUAUGAAGAGUCGGAAACAGACCCCGGUACAGAAGAGCUCCCAGCCCGAAUCUUUGUGGCUCUUUUUGACUAUGACCCCCUCACCAUGUCCCCAAAUCCGGAUGCUGCAGAAGAAGAGCUUCCUUUUAAAGAAGGACAGAUCAUCAAGGUGUAUGGGGACAAAGACGCUGACGGCUUUUACCGGGGGGAGACGUGUGCCCGGCUCGGCCUUAUUCCCUGCAACAUGGUCUCGGAGAUCCAAGCCGACGACGAGGAUAUGAUGGACCAACUUCUGAGGCAAGGGUUCCUUCCUCUGAACACGCCUGUGGAGAAAAUAGAGAGAAGCCGAAGAGGCGGCCGGCACCCGGGGGCGACUCGGAGGGUGGUGGCCCUGUAUGACUACGACCCCAGGGAAAGCUCACCGAACAUCGAUGUCGAGGCGGAGCUUCCGUUUUGCACGGGAGACAUUAUUACCGUGUUCGGUGAAAUCGACGAAGAUGGCUUCUAUUACGGGGAACUUAAUGGGCAGAAAGGCCUUGUCCCUUCCAACUUCCUGGAGGAAGUGCCUGACGACGUGGAGGUCUACCUUUCCGACGCGCCCUGUCACUACUCCCGAGACGCACCGCCGCGCUCCAAGGCCAAACGGGUUCCUCCCGAGGGUUCAGGUACAGCAAGGAGAGCGUCAUCCCCCUCAGCCCAUCUCCAUUCGGGGUCACCUACGUCAUCUAUGGGUACUGGUAGUCCCGGGAGAGGCAGGGAAAUGUCCUCGAAAAAGAAAAAGGGGCUGCUUUCCAAAGGCAAGAAACUGCUGAAAAGGCUGGGUGCAGUGAAAUGACCCGUGUGCUCUGGACAACUCCCACACCUCCGUAAUUCUCCUUAAUUCCAAACUAGGGCUUUCAUGACUCAAGUACCUUCCUAAACAAACACUCUUCUCCCCUGACACCAGUAGAGAAACGCUCUUUGCGCCACCGCGCACUUUAAGGCCACCGCAAGGACAAAGAGCUGCUGGUGCCCCUCCCCCCAGCCUCCCCCCUCCCCCUCCCCCCCCCCCGCUCUUGCCCGAGGGCUGCCUGGAGGCCGGGGGGGGGGGGGGGCGGCUCCUCCGCACACACGCGGGGGACCAGGGGCUCCUCGGGCUCCUCCAGUCUCUGUGCAUUUGUCAUCCGCCCUUAAAGGAAUGGUUUCCACCUUGACCCCCUUUCCAGAAUGCUUGCCUCAUGACGCAUAACUCACUCUGACUCUGGUCUUGAAACUCCUAGUUUAACCGCCUUGAUGUUCUGCCUUAUAAACGCACAAUGGUUUGUACUGUCCAAUAAAAUUUACGGUGUGCACUUCGUACGUGUUGUACAUUCAGCGCUCGUCACCCCCACAGACACACUGCUCUGGAAUCGAGUUGUGCAUUCCGAGUCCCGGCUUCUCGUCUUUCCAAGCCAGCCGGGUAACACAGAAACACAGAAAAGAAAUGUUUACUUACUCAGAUCAUUCAAAAACAGAGAGAGAGAGGGAGGGAGGGAGGGACUUUGUUCGGACAAGUCCCACUCCUCCAACCGGCCAGGAAGCUGACCAGGCUCAUGGCUUUCCGUGUCCCCUCUUGUGGCAAAUGCAUUUCUGUUACUCUCGUGUUUGUCCAGUGCCCGCCCCCUCCCCUCACAGCCCCCAGCAGCGAGCAACACACAGUAGAGCAGCCCCCACGAUGCACAAGCCCCACGUACAGCCCCCGAAAUCUCAGUCUGUUCACAUCGAUUCCACACCAGUCUCCACCACUGGCACUCGAACAAGAGACUUGCAAAGUUGCCGGCAGAUGUAUUUGAUGGUUUCUAUUUUGUAAUUCUUGUCCACUUGUAAAUUGUUUUUACUCUUUAUACAUACUUUUCAGACUGCCUUUCUUUUGUAAUUUAUGGAAGGUUUAUAAACGAAUGACCAAGCUUUCCCCCAUUGUGUCUUCAAAACCUCUAUUGUAAAUUGUAAUAUAUUAGUAUGUGGUCCAUUUAUUAAAAGGAAAUUACUCAGCGUGUGGUUA